GGCUCUCUUCAGUCAAGCGACGGCCUGCCCAUCUUAGCACCUUACAAGGUCAGACUGGUAUCCCAGACCUCGAUCAAAGGCCUCCAACCGAUCGUAUCAACGACAUCUUGUAUCUUGAUCAUUUCAUCCCUAACGAAACUCGAGGACCGGAACGGCAAUCGAAAAAAAAAGUCAUGUCGGAUACGAUCCUCGUCUCUCCCCGUCAUCAUACGCACGACCUGCACGAUGUGUAUGCGAGUUUUAUGGGUUAUUUCGAACGGAAAGGGAUCGCUUGGUACAACCACUCCUACUCGCCCUUCUUCACCUCGUUCGACGCUUUCCUCUCUUUUGGAUGGGGUUGCGUCGUCGUCACGGAUUCGAGGACGGGAAAGGGCCAUGUGGCCGUCAGGGCUGAAGGGUCGAAUGCUACCAGCGGUGGGAGUGGGGGUGCAGGAGGAGGCGGUGGUGGAGCUGUAGCAGGAACGGGAAAGGAGGGUGGGACGGUACAGCAAUUUGCAAGGAUGGUCAAAGUCAGGUUUGGAGAAUCGUUGCCGAAAUUGCCCAACCAGCUCCCUAUCACUCCAUCGGAAAGCAACCCCCGAGCUAUCAGGCUGGUGACCGAUCUCAACUCUUACAAACGACUCGCCGCGACCAUCCCGAGUGCAGAACUGAAUGCCAAGAGGAAGAGAUUGAGAGCGGGGGAUGUCGCCACGGUUGGGACGAUCUGGAGAAAGAGGAUGCACAACUUUCUGGCCCUCGAAAUCACUUGGUGGGAAAAGGGGAACGGGGUCAUGCUAGAAGCAGGGAUCUGUGCUUGUCGAUGUCGAAAUAUAGAUGCAAUGGAUUCGUGGCCACCUAUGCCGGAUGAGAAUUACCGAAGAGCGCACUACGUCGUAUCCGAGUGGCUAGACAAGAGAACCAAUACAAACCACUAUAUGCCCAGCCAACCUAGAAGCUAUGCUCAUGGACCCACUCAGCUGGUCAGCAUGGCUGCCCUCGAAAAGAUCAUCAACGCCACGAUCUCGGCCCUGGCGGAACCCGAGGCUGACGGCCUCAAUCCCCUUGUCAUCCUCACUAUUGGAGACUCUUCCCGUCUUUCCGAGCUAAAGAACGUCCAUAUACCCUCGAACGUCUCGUUCAUCGACGUCUCCAACCUCGAAAGGUCACUUUACCGCGCCUCCAUGGUACAACAAGCUUCUCAUCACGAUCUCGCCAACUCUGCGCCUCUCAGCCUGAGGGGCAUGCUUCAUCAGCUCGCCAUACCGACUCCGCCACAUAUCCCCAUCUCGAAUUCUGGAAACGCUGCUUUCUACAUGAUGCUGGUCUUUCAAAUCCUCGUCGACCGGGAUUGUCAGAUCCCGCCAGUCUUGCAAAUGCCAACUCAGCCGCAGAUGCCUUACCCGACAAUGCAGAUCUAUCCACCCAUGGUCGACCGGCCUAUGAUGCCCGCUUCCCAAUCGUACAACAAUCGUUCCAAUUCGCCUAGAAGGGCGACAAAAGCCAUGUUGCCGAUGGACGAGCUCGUGCCGCAAAACACCGGGGGAAAACGCUCCAGCAUUCAGAGACCUAAUGUUCAGCCUGGCGGACUCAACGGAAACGGGCAGAUGAAGCGAGCUCAGACGAUGUACUGGGACGAAGCAGCAGCGCUCAACUUGUCGCCUCAGCAGCAACGAGGCCCGAAUCAUAGUCAGGACGUUAGCUCUGGGUCGGGAUCGGGUUCGGGAGGGAAAGAGCAGGACAGGGAGAAGGAUAAAGGCGCUCGUGGCAGACCAGACGGGCCGAAGGCGCCCGAAGAAGGGAUGAAGAACGCGAUGUCAAGGAUGAGACUCGGUACGGACAGUAGAAGUGGGAGUGACGAAGCUAUUCCCAAGAGCGGGUCUAGGUUCUUCUUGAGCAACAUCGGUCGCAAGUCUAGCGGAAAGAAACCUUAGAAUGGCUUUAAGCAUUGUUACGGGACCAGUAGUUGGGUUUACGUUUAUAAUAUGAGGUCUACCAGACCGCGUUCAUCAUUGAAAAAGACGGGUUGAUCAGUGGUCAGCGGUCAGAUCGCCGUU